AUGGAAGCUUUACAUACCCCUUUCGUCUCACACCCAUUUGCCAUCCAUUCUCGAACAAAAACCUUGAAAUCUACACAAGUUUCUGUCGUUUCGGUUUUAACAACCGAAGAAUCAAGAAUCACACAGAGAAGGCAAAACCAAUGGCGAAGUCCCACCAUCGGAGAAUGUCGAGCAGUGCUUCAGGCUAUAUCAUCUCCUUUCGAUUCAAGAAAACCAUCAUUGGAUCGGUUUUCGCUACUCGAAAAAGUAUUUAACUUGCUAGAUAAAGCUAUCAUCAAGUUCAUCGAUCCUCCACUUGACCUAUCUGUAGAUCCCAGCUACGUCUUGGCUAAUAAUUUCGCACCAGUUCGUGAGCUGAGUCCAACUGAGUGUGAGAUUGUCCAUGGCUCCAUCCCUUCAUGUCUAGAUGGUGCCUACAUCCGUAACGGACCCAACCCACAGUUCGUCCCAAAUGGUCCGCACCACUUCCUUGAUGGAGAUGGAAUGUUGCACUCGAUUAGGAUCUCCGAUGGUCGAGCCACAUUCUGCAGCCGAUAUGUGAAGACGAACAAGUACCUCUUCGAGCACCAUGUUAGAUCUUACGUCGUUCCAAAUGUAAUAGGAGCCAUGCAAGGUCUUGGUCCCUUUAUGGCUCGUGCAGCCUUGUUUGUUGCGCGAGUCGUUUCCGGGGAAUAUGAUAUUGGCAAAGGCAUUGGUGUUUGCAACACCAAUUUAGCUUUCUUUGGCGGACGUCUGUAUGCGUUAUGCGAAUCUGAUCUUCCAUAUGAAAUCAAAGUCGAAAAAGAUGGUGACGUAAUAACGCUGGGUUCCCAUGAUUUCGAGGGUAAGCUUUCCAUGAACAUGACGGCUCACCCGAAGAUCGAUCCCGAAACGAAAGAGGCUUUCGCGUUUCGUUACUGGUCGACACGACCGUAUCUAACGUAUUUCCGCUUCGAUGCAAAUGGAAAUAAGCAACCGGACGUCCCCAUCUUCUCCAUGAAACAACCCUCUCUAACUCAUGAUUUGGCUAUCACCCAAAAGUAUGCAAUCAUAUGUGAUAUUCAACUUGGUGCGGAUCCUAUGAACAUGAUCCGCGGAGGAAACCUAGUAAGUGUAGACCCAACAAAAGUUCCGCGAAUCGGUGUUCUUCCUCGGUACGCGAAGGAUGAGUCGGAUAUGAAGUGGUUUGAGGUGCCUGGAUUCAAUAUAUUUCAUGCCGUGAAUGCAUGGGACGAGAAGGAUGAAAAUGGUGGCGACGUGGUGGUGUUGGUGGCACCCAAUAUAUUGACGGUGGAACACUUUUUGGAGCGGGUGGAUUUGAUCCAAGCAUCCAUGGAGAAAGUGACGAUUAACUUUCGAACUGGAGUUGUAUCGAGGCACACCAUGUCAGCUGAUAACUUGGAGUUUCCGGUGAUCAAUCCAGCCUACGUCGGAAAAAAGAACCGGUAUGUGUACGCAGCGAUUUCUGAAGAAACGCCAAUAAAGUCAAGGAUGAUGAGGACAACAGGGGUGGCGAAGCUUGAUAUUGCAGCAUCAGAGGACAGCAAUGGCGGACAUGACCACACAGUGGGUCGUCGGAUGUAUGGAGAUAAUUGCUUUGGAGGUGAAGCAUUUUUCAUUGCAAGAGAGCCGGAGAAUCCCAACUCAGAAGAGGACGACGGGUAUUUGGUGUCGUAUGUGCAUAAUGAAAACUCCGGCGAGUCAAGGUUCUUGGUGAUGGAUGCCGGGUCACCGGAUCUUGAAGUGGUGGCGGCAGUGAAGCUGCCACAAAGAGUGCCUUAUGGUUUACAUGGGAUGUUCAUCAGGCAAAAGGAUCUCAAUCAAAUCUGA